AUGUCUGACUGGGGAAUGAUAAAUGUGGACAAUCAAACAGUCCAUUACUGCUUUCCAAACAACAAUUUGUCUUGUACCAAAAGUAUCAGACCAGAAGCGGAGUACAUUGUAGUGUACAUUUUUGUUUCUGUAACAUCAGUGUUAACUGUGUUUCUGAACUUGUUGGUGAUUGUCUCCAUCUCACACUUCAAGCAGCUUCACACUCCGACCAAUGUGCUGAUCCUCUCUCUGGCCGUGGCUGAUCUGAUCGCAGGACUGAUUCUCAUGCCAGUGCAAGGAAUGAAACUCAUUGAGCCAUGCUGGUACUUUGGAGAAAUAUUUUGUUCAAUAUUUCCUCUUAUUUUGUAUGUGGUUGUCGUAGCAUCUCUUGGUAAUAUGAUUAUUAUAUCUGUGGAUCGGUUCAUUGCUGUGAAUGACCCUUUGCGAUAUCCACUGAAGGUCAAUAAUAACAGAGUUGUUGUUUCUAUUGUUGUAAAUUGGUUAUUCUCCUUUGUAUAUUCAUUUUAUCUUUUGUAUGACUUUUUGCUCUAUCCAGAGAGAAACCAUACAUGUAUUGGAGAAUGUGUACUUGUUGUUACAUUGGAAAAUCUAGUAAUAGAUACUUUGGUUUGUUUAGUGGCACCUUGCUGUAUAAUUAUUCCUUUGUAUAUGAAAAUCUGCUUUGUAGCAAAACGGCAAGCUAAGCAUUUAAAUUCAGUCACAGAAAAAAAGGCCAAAUCAGAAAAAAAGGCUGCAAGAACCUUAGGCAUUGUAGUACUGGUUUAUCUUCUUUUUUGGACACCCUACUACAUAGUAACUCUUUCUUUUGGGCAUGAUGAAAAUGAUAUUCUUAUAAUUAACAUAAUGUAUUGGAUGUUAUGCAUGAAUUCCUGCAUGAAUCCAAUUAUCUAUGCAAUGUUUUAUCAAUGGUUUAGAGUGUCAGCAAAAUACAUUUUGACACUGAAAAUAUUUGAACCUUCAUCAGAAUACUUCAAUCUGUUCCCAGAAGAUAAAUGA